ACGUUUUUUUUUUUUUUUGGGUUUUGUUUUUUACACUAUACUUGCUUACUUUUUUUUUUGUUCUCGAAUCGCGGUGUCUAGACGAAAGAUUUGUUUUUAAUUCUCUUUCCGGGACACCGAAUCCGAGAUGUCGGUCGGCGGAUAGACCACGGCGUGGUGCGCGCGUGCAGUGUUUUGUUUUUUUUUUUAUUCACACGAGGAGUACACCCCCAAACCGGGAUAACGAUAAUAUCAUCAUCCUUGUCGUCGUUUGACAACAACAACAACAACAACAACGAUAUCCGGUAUUAUUAUCGUCUUGGGCCAACUGUAGAGCGAUGCGGCCGACCGCCGCCGCCGGUUUGCUGUUCCUGCUGGGCAUAGCGGCGCUCGUCUACGGACAACAACCAGCUCCGUCCAACAACUUGUGGAGCGGAAGGGUACGGCACCAACGCCACUUGUUGGACAAAGGCCCGCACGCAGAACCGUACAUAUCGGAUGACUCGUCGAACCCGUUUCAGGUUAGCAGAGGCACCGGACUAAAGCCCGGGUUGACGGUACAAGACAACCAUAAACCGGUGUUCACAAACUGCUCGAAUUACCAGCCCAGCGUCAAGGAAGAACAGCCCACCAACACUUAUGUGUUCACCGUGAAAGCCUUGGACAGAGACCCUCCGGACAAUGGCGGUACCAUCACGUACACGUUUGUCACCUCGCCUGGCGAACGGCCCAAGUUCUCCAUCGACUCGCAAACCGGAGAGAUCACAACCAGAUACAUGUUCGACCGGGACGAAACGGCCCGGGAAAAAGAGGUGUACGUCACGGUCAGAGCGACCGACAACGGUAAACCGCACUUGGACGAUUUUUGCACCAUCAAGGUGACCAUACAGGACGAGAACGACAACUCCCCGGUGUUCGACAAAGUAAAUUAUGUGGAAUCCGUUCCUCAAGACUUGCUCUCCGGCACCGAAGUGAUGAGGAUAUCGGCUACGGACAUCGACGACGGCAUCAACAGCGCGAUACAGUACGAUUUGUCCCCUAGAGUCCCACAGGACUCGGGAUACUUUCGCAUUGACCAGAGCACCGGCGUCAUCUACCUGGAUCGUUUCAUCGACAGAGAACCUGGUUACAAGUUCAAGAUGAGAGCCACGGCCACCGACCAGGGAGUGGUUCCCAAGUCGGCCACGAUGGACCUGGAGAUCAUGGUGGUGGAAUCGCACAAGAAAGCCCCCACGUUCACCUCGGUGCAGCCCGAAGGCGUCAUCUACAUACCCGAGAACUUUACCAAUUUCAGCUACGACAUAGCCACCAUCACGGCCGAAUCCAACACCGACGAAAAAGCUCCAGUUUUCGAAUUGGUGGCUGGCCGAACGGAGCAGUCCAACAAACUGAACACUUUCCGGUUGGAGUCCGAAGGCAAUGUCGCUCACAUCCGUUUGUCCAGGCACAUGGACUACGAAUCCAUAUCGGAAUACAUUCUCAACAUCCGCAUACAGAACAAACACAGCUUGGCGGCGGAACAUCAGCUCAACAUCCAACUGGAGGACGUCAACGACAACAUGCCGGUGUUCACCGAGGUGGUAUCCGGCUCGGUGUUGGAGAACGAACCGCCCGGCACGCCCGUCAUGCAAGUGCGCGCCAUCGACGCCGACUCGACUCUGGCCAACAACCGGGUCACGUACGAGCUGGCCGACAACCGGGAAUACUUCUCCAUCGACCCGUACACCGGCAACAUUACCACCCUGGUCAUGUUCGACAGAGAGAAGCAGGACGUGUACAACGUGAAAGUGAUCGCCACCGACAACUCGCCGUCCGCCUUGUACUCGACCGGGGCACACAACGAGGGCGAACAAGUAUUCCGUAUCGAAAUCGCCGACAAGAACGACCAUCCGCCGCAUUUCACGCAGUCCAUCUACGAAGCCGAAGAAAUCCCGGAAAACGCCAACCUCAACGCCUUGGUGACCGAAGUCAAAGCUCUGGACGACGACACGGCCUCGCCCGUCUCGUACAGCAUCGUCGACGGCAACACUUACAACGCGUUUUUGAUCGAAAGCACCACCGGCAAGAUCAAAGUCAACAGUCAACUCGACUACGAGAACAUUACCAACUACGUUUUGAAAGUAAGAGCGUUUGACGGCGCCUACGAGGAUUACUGUACCGUGGAAAUCAAAAUAUCCAACGUCAACGACAACCCGCCCAAGUUCCGCCAGUACGAGGGUAACAUCACCAUCACCGAAGAACAACUGGUGCCCGGGUGCAUAACCAACCUGGAGGCGUACGACCCGGAUAUCCAAGACCAGUCGGUGGACCAGCGCAUCGUUUAUUCGGUGGUCAAAGAGGAACAACGGAAACUGAUGACCAUCGACAACAACGGAUGCCUGUCGUUGAUCAAACCUCUGGACCGCGAUCCUCCCAACGGAUACGCCACGUGGCAGGUGGCCAUACAGGCCAGCGACGAAGGCGGCGGUCCCAAGUGUCUACAGGCGACCACCGAAGUGAUCAUCGUGCUAAAAGACAUCAACGACAACGCGCCUGUGUUGGACAUGCCCGCGCCCGUCGUCUGGCGGGAAAACCAAUCGCCCGGUACCAUAACCCGGUUGAACGCCAAGGACAACGAUGGACCGGAAAACGGCGCUCCGUUUGAAUUCGCCAUUUCACCGGAUGCCCCUUACGAGAUACAAACCAAAUUCGCCAUUUCCGGUUCCGAUCUGCUAGCCACGACCACGUUCGACCGAGAAGAGAAAAAGGUCUACGUGAUACCCAUAACGAUAUCGGACAGCGGCAUACCUCGGAUGACCGGCACGAGCAACCUGCAGGUGAUCAUCGGCGACGAGAACGACAACCCGAUGAAACCGGGCAGGAGCUCGGUGUUCGUGUACACGUACAAGGGCGAAUCGCCGGACAUGGAGAUCGGCCGCGUGUACGUGGACGACCCGGACGACUGGGACCUGCCCGACAAGAAGUUCAGGCUGCUGAACGGACCGCACUUGAACUUCGACCUAAAGUCCGAGACCGGCAUGAUCACCAUGCUGCAGGGCACGCGGGAACAGACGUUCGUGCUGGAGUUCGAGGUGACCGAACAGGGUGCGAAAAUCCAAAGGCACACGGUCAACGCGACCGUCGUCGUCACCGUCAAAGAGAUACCCGAGGAGGCGGUCGACAAGUCCGGGUCGGUCCGGCUGGCGGGCAUUUCGGCCGAAGAGUUUAUCACGCCCGAUCAAGACGGCGUCAGUAAAGCGUCCGUGUUGAAAGACAAGUUGGCUUCCAUUUUGAACGCCAGCAUCGAAAACGUGGACGUGUUCACCAUCCUGCAUUCCCCGCACAAUCCCGACAACUCUCAACUGGACGUCAGGUUUUCGGCUCACGGUUCGCCGUACUACGAGCGCGAACGGUUGAACGCGGCCAUCGAUCGACACCAAGCCGAGUUGGAGAAAGAGCUGGGAGUGGUUUUCCUGAUGGUCAACAUCGACGAGUGUCUGGUGGAGAAACUGUACUGCGAGUCUUCGUGCACGAACUUCUUGAACAAAAGCAACGAACCGGCUGCCGUGUACACGAACACCACCUCGUUUGUGGGCAUACGCGCCGUGGUCGAUCCGUUCUGCCAGUGCGAGCAAAAAGUGCCGGCCAAAAUCACCUGCUACAACGGCGGUACUCCGACGGCCGACGGCAACGGAUGCGAGUGUCCGGCCGGUUACGAGGGGCCGCGUUGUGAAAUCCUCAGCAUUGGCUUCAGCGGCCGAGGAUAUGCCCUGUACCCGUCGCUACAGUCCUGCAUGGAGUCGCACAUGUCCUUAGAAGUGCGUACCGCCUUGGACAACGGUCUGCUGUUCUACGCCGGACCCAGCAGCGCAAAACCGUCUCCCGUUGCCGUACAAGAUUUCAUGUCGUUGGAGAUCCGCAACGGUUAUCCCGUACUGCUGGUCGACUACGGUUCGGGCACGCUCAAAAUGGAACAGAAACAAAUCAAGAUAUCCGACGGAGAAGUGCACAGGAUCGAAAUUAUCUGGACCAAAACUAGCAUCGAACUGAAAGUGGACAACUGCAACCUGCCGUCGUGUCUGAGUCUCAGUCCGCCGAUCGGACCCAACGAAUACUUGAACGUCAACGGACCCUUGCAGCUCGGCGGUUCGUUUUUGGACCUGGACUUGGUCGCGUCCACCCGCAACUGGACCCACAAGCCGAUAUCCGAAGGGUUCAACGGGUGCAUUCGAAAUCUCACAUUCAACGGUCGCCUGUACAACUUGGGGGCGCCGGGCGCGGCUCACGAGGUCGACUUUUCUUGCACACACGGCACUGCCGUUGCCGUGUCGUUUGGGAUCGACGCCAGUUUCUUGAUCGCCAUAUUCGUCUGCCUGGCCGUCCUACUCAUAUUACUGCUGGCCGUGGUCGUUCACCGAAGAAAGUCCGACGACCUGUACAAGGACACGGACGACAUCAGAGAGAAUAUCAUCAACUACGAGGACGAAGGAGGCGGCGAAGGCGACAUGACCGGAUACGACUUGAACGUUCUGCGAUUGAUGUACGACGGAUCCGAGCCGGUCCAAGGGUUCGACGAUACGGGUAAUCUUCUGCACAAACGAGCCCCCGACGAAGUGCCGGACAUUUGCGGCUUCCUGGGCGACAAACUUCACUCUGUCGACAACGAUCCGGAUCUGGGCCCGUACGACGACGUGCGCAAUUACAUGUACGAGGGCGAAGGCAAUUCGGUCGGAUCGCUGUCGUCGUUGGCUUCGGGCACGGACGACGGUGAUCUGAAUUUCGAUUACCUGUCCAACUUUGGCCCGAGGUUCCGUAAACUAGCCGACAUGUACGGUGAGGAUCCGAGCGACGAGGAGAGCGAGACGUACCGCAACACCCAGCCGGAGUCGUGGUGCUAACGUGUCACGCUCAGCCUUCGUUUCGAUCAACCAGUUACCGGUGCAAAAUACAUUUUUUUUUUUUUUUUUUUGUCUUAUCUAUAAGUAAUCGGUAAUAUUAUAUCUUAAGUAAGGCGUAUACUUACGUACGGCUGACUAGCGGUGAAGCGAUAUGGAAAAACGAAUCAUUUGUACAGAGACAGAGUUAAUCGGGGGUGCUCUAAGGACAAUUAUUAUUAUUAUUAUUAUCAACAACAAAUAACAACAUUAUUGUAAAUCAUUAUUUAAUUUUUUUUUUCCAUUUUAAUAUAAUUUUACUAAUGUCUUGUAUUAUUUUGACGGUAACGAAGACAUUAUCAUUAUUCGUCGUAGAAGUUAAAAAUUCGUUCGUGAUCUCAUUCACAAAUAGACUGUUUUUUUAGUCUAAUUUUUCUUUCAUUUUUUUUGUUUUUUGUAAUAAAAAUAUAAUAAUAAUUACGCUUUACGAGUGAACGGAAUUUUUGUCGUAAUCUAGUUUUUGCUCGUUUAAAAGAACUUGAAAACAAUUUUAAUUUUAAAUAACUAAUAUUAUUUAAUUAUUAUUUAUUCCGCCAACGAUUUCCAGUGAUAUGUAUUUGUUUUGUGUAAAAUUGUAUGAACUUUAGAAAACGGUGUUUUCUUCUCGUCAAAAGCCAUUUUGCAAAUUUUGGUAGAAAUCUUAAAACUCAACUUGUACGUUGUUUUCGCAUUGCCGUUGUCGACGGCAACAUUGUGUAAUUGUUUGUUUAUUAAUUAUUAUUAUUAUUAUUAUAAUUUUUUUUUUCCCAGUACUUAGCGUACUACUAUAACAAUACUAUUUAUAAUUAUAUAUAUAUACUGCCAUUGAAUCGAAAAGUUUGAACUAUUUUGAUUUUUUACACGCCUUUUACUCGUUUAUUGUAAAUACAUAAAAAAAAAAAAAUAAAUAAUAAUCAGGGUUAACUAUUUUGCACAGAUCAGCAUAUUUAUUAUGAUUUAUUAUUAUAAAACGAUUAAGAGCUUUGAGUAUAACAAAACAAAAAAAAAUCAAAAAUAUGUUUUUAGAAUUUUUUUUUUAUAUAAUAUAUUUCCUAUAUUGUAUAUUUAACUGAAACACUUACAAUGCUAAUUGUAGUAUGACUUAGUACUUUUUUUUUGAUAUUCCGUCGUAAAGUAUUAUUAUUAAAAAUUAGUACAAAAAUACGUACACAUACGAACACACCCGUUGAAUAUGUAUAUAUAUAUUUUUUUUUAUAAACCGUUUACAUAAUAUUUGUAAACUACUCUUAUGAUUUUAUUUUUUUUUCUUAUGUAAAGCAAAUAUUUAAUCUCUAAAUAUUAUUUUGUUAUUAUUAUUAUUAUUAUUAUUAUUAUUUUUUACUAUUAUUUUUUACUUAAUAUCGAUGCGUAGCGUAGCUCGCAUUGUGUAUUUUAUACGUCAUCGUUGAAAAUAUUAUAACAUCAUCCGGAGUCCACGAGUUUGACGUUACAAUGUUUUUUUAAACCUAUUUCUAGGUUUUAUAUUAUACAAAUUUUUUUUUGAUGAUCAUGUUCCCCCCCCCUCCCAGUAAAAGUUAGCUAUUAGAAUUGUAUGUAUUAUUAUUUUGUAUGGUUGCCAUUUGUGAUAUGUACUUUAUUAAUUCAUUUAAAAAAAAAAAAUAAUAAUAAAAAACUUGUGUAAAAAGAUUGGACGUACAUUUUAUUAUUAGUAGUUUUCUUUUCUUUUUUUUUUUUUACCCCAAAACGUGCAUUCCAUUUUUUUUUUUUUUUGGAGCCGUUCAUUAUAUAUUUAUGUACAUAUUAUUAUUAUUAUGUAAUGUCGAUAACGCGAGUCUGUGCGAAUUAAACGACUGAAAAUUUAAUUUUGUAAUAUUAAUUUGUAACGUUAAGACAUAUUUUAUAUACAUAUUUAAAAAAAUACAUUUAGCCUAUAAGAUUUAUUUACAGACGGAAAUAAAAUAUAAAUAUAAUAUUAUAAUAGUAUAUUGUGUAUUUGUUGUGUUUAAGUCGUGCAUCAUUUUUUUUUUUAAUGUAAAAUCGAAUGUUACGAUUUAAACAAAAUAUUAUUAAUGUCACGUAAUAUAUUAUAAUUUAAUCACCUUUUUAUUUUGUACCUAUACCUAUAAUUAUUAUUAUUAUGUAUGUAUUAUAUUUAUUUAUCUAUACAUUUGUCGAAAUAAAUAAACUGAACAAUAUGACUAUUCA